UUGUCAGUUUACCCUGGGUCAGGUGCCCUGAGUGUGGGCUGGCUGGCGUGCAGCAGCCUGACCAGUCGCUCAACCAAAGUCGCAGCAACUGUUGAUCUGCUGGCUGCUCUGUGGCUCAGCUGCCUGUGGACCGAGCGCAGCCAGCAGGGGAGGCAGGGGGCAUCUUGCCAGCCAUCACACCAUCACCCCCUUUGCGAGAACAACCACCAGUGGACUGUUCACAAUGUCCUCUGCUCUCUCUCUUUCUCUUCAUAUGUUUACCAGGCAUGGCUGACAGAGAUCCAUGAAUACGCCCAACAGGAUGUGGUGCUCAUGCUGCUUGGAAAUAAGGCAGGGCACUAUCUGGUUAUGCUGAGUUUUGGAUAUGUGAGCCUUUGUUUGUCUCACCAGGCGGAUGCAACUCAUGACAGGGUGGUGAAAAGAGAGGAUGGGGAGAAGCUUGCUAAGGAAUUUGGGGUUCCUUUCAUGGAAACCAGCGCCAGGUCAGGUCUUAAUGUGGAACUGGCUUUCCUGGCUGUCGCCAAGGAGCUGAAACACAGGUCCAUGAAGGAUCCUACUGAAAAGUUUAAGAUCCAGGAGUAUGUAAACAAAGAGGUGAAAAGUGCUGGCUGCUGCAGGUCCUAA